AUGGAAGACGGAUGGACGGAGGUACGGAACCGAAAAAAACCAGUGAAUCGUCAGAACGAUUCUGACAUAACAGGCUAUUUCGUCUCCAACAUCCCCAAUGGUGCGACGAAAGAAGAGUUUAGGAGAAUAUUCAAGACAUUUGGGACGCUGAACGAUAAGCUGGAGAUAAAUAUAGCGAGGCAUGAAAGGACAGAGAAAUCGCUGCCACCCAGUGUGGUGAGAAGAUGGAGUCGUACUCAUGUGCCGAUCCCAGUCAACGUUAGAGGUGGAUUCACGGGUGAUAGAUCAUACGCAGAAGCUGUUAGAGGUGGUGAAAAAGUCAAAAUCCUCUCAAAAAACUUACCACCCAACCUUGCGCCUGUUCGUCUAGUUACUAACGAAAAGAUGGUGUGA